GUGGAUUUUAAGCGAGUGCAGUGUUUACCACUCACUCAGACACUGAUGGGUGAAGUUCUGCUGAAGAUCAUGCAGAUCCUCCUGAGGAGUUCAGCUGGACUGAGGUAAAAAGAAUGUGUAAUCUGAUCCGACUGUUUAAGACGGUGUGGAAAUACAAAUUACAAGCCAGUUUAACACUCCUCUGUCUGGUUCCUUUCGGGUGACAGCAGCUGAUCUCAGAGAUGUUCCACAGGUUCUGCAGAAUCCAGGCGAGGAGGUGGAAGCUGGAGACGGUGGCUCUAUUCACCGUUGGCGCUUUGUGCUUGUUCAUACUGCUGAGAACAAAUGUCCAGGACAAGAACCAGGAGGAGCUUGCACUAUCAGAAUAUGAAUGGAAUCUGGAAAUCGAAGCUGGGAUGCCUCAAGCUUUUCCAAGUUUACCACCCAAAUGUGAACAGAACUCAUCUGCUUCCAACAUCAGUGGAUUUUCCUCCUUGCCCAAACACAUUCAAGACUUCCUGUAUUACAGACAUUGUCGGCAUUUCCCGAUGUUGCUCAACGUUCCUGACAAGUGUGGGGGUCCAGAGCAAUCUUCAGACGUGUUUCUUUUGUUGGUCAUCAAGAGUUCUCCUCCCAAUUAUGACAGAAGGGAGGUGCUGCGGAAAACAUGGGCUGCCGAGAGGCUGCAGAACGGCGUUUGGAUUCGUACCGUGUUUAUAUCCGGGACUGCUGGACAGAGCUUUGAGAAGAAGAGGCUGAACAAACUCCUGGAAGUGGAGAACCAUGAACACAAGGACAUUCUGCAGUGGGACUUUCAUGAUUCCCUCUUCAACCUCACGCUUAAGCAGAUCCUUUUCUUGGAAUGGAUGGAGAAAUUUUGCCCCAGCGCCCACUUCCUGCUCAACGGGGAUGAUGACAUUUUCGCCAACACGGAUAACAUGGUGGUGUAUCUCCAAGGGUUGGGUAAUGAUGGUGCCAACAAACACUUGUUUGUUGGCCACCUUAUCCAGUAUGUUGGACCAAUCAGGAAUACGGCCAGCAAAUAUUAUGUCCCGGUCCAAGUGCAUGAAUCUGAUAGGUAUCCUUCCUAUUGUGGUGGAGGAGGCUUCCUGCUUUCACGUUUUACUGCCAAGACCAUCUACAAUGUGUCUCACUCCAUCACUAUUCUGCCCAUAGAUGAUGUUUACAUGGGAAUGUGUCUGGAAAAAGUUGGACUAAAACCCUCGUCCCACUUGGGUAUUCGGACUGCUGGCCUACAUGUUCCCUCCAAAGCGCUGGACCCUUAUGACCCUUGCUAUUACCGCGAAAUGAUCCUAGUUCACAGAUUCCAACCUCAUCAAAUUUAUAUCAUGUGGCACGAAGUCCACCAGCAAGAUCUGAAAUGUGGAAAGACACUCAGAGCUCUUUAACCCGCGACUCUAGCAUGAAUUUAUUUAAUGGACACUUUCAUCCACAGUGACAUACAGUAUAAUGAAGGUGUGCUUGUGUACUUGGGCUGCAGGAUACGAACAUAAAAUGUUUAAUAAAGGAGUUAAAUCUAUUUUAAUGAUGAGAUAAGAAGUGAUAAAUUCUGAGUAAAAUACUGCUCCUCUGACUGAUUGGUCACUGUCCAAAAUAAAUAAUCAUAGAAUAGCUACUUCAGAACUGCUAUAAGACUGAUAGUCAGCAUGCCCUGAACAGCGUCUUCUAUAAAGGCUAUGAACAUGAAUACUAAUAAAUAUAUAUUUAGCUCCUUAUGGUGAUGCAAGUUUGUUGUGACAGUAACCAUUACUUCUCAUUUCUUUUACCAGACUCGGAAUGAGAAUAGUCACAUUCAGGGAAUUAGUUCCGUAAGGAUAGUGGUAAUUUAUCCUUCAGCCCUGCAGUACUUGUGCUCACUGGAAACCACAGUUUACAUUUUACACUCUUAGCAAUAAAGGUUGCUCAUAGCCUCCUGGAACAAUACAGCGUAGCAGAUUGUAUCGUUGGAGCUCUCGAUUUGUUGUGCAUAGGCACUGAGUAAUGCAUUCAGGCAGUAAACUGUUUUGUACUGUGCAUAUUGCAGGGGAUUCAGGGAUUUUGUUGGGAUUUCUCAGGUUGGUGGCGGCCUAUUUUUUUUUUCCAUGAAUGUCAACAAUGUGGGAACAACAUUGUUGAAAUGUAUGCAGUAUUUAUAUAAAAUUGUCAUCAUUGACAUAUCAUGAAAAUGUAAUUAAAAUCUGUUUCUGUCUUCAUGUCAAAUCAAUUUUUAUUUACUCUGUCAGUUUUGCCAUCAAAAUAUUCCAUGUCAUACUGGG